AAUACUAUAUACAUUUUAAUAGAACAUAUUAAUAUGAGGUGCUUGUAUUACUGCCUGAUCAGUCUGUGCCUCAAUGCUAAUUGGCUGCUGGCGGAUAUUAUAAAAUACGAUCCAGAAAUUAUUGAAAUUGCGCAUUUACGAACACCGGGUUUCAUCACAAAGUACGGCUACAAGUGUGAGGAGCACAGAGUCGAUACCAAGGAUGGCUUCAGUUUGACACUGCAUCGCAUACCCAAGCCCGGGGCUCAGCCUGUGCUGCUGGUGCAUGGUCUGCAGGACAGCUCCUCGGCCUGGGUGAUGACGGGUGCGGAGCAUGGCUUGGCCUUUCUGCUCAGUGAUCGCGGCUAUGAUGUGUGGCUGAUGAAUUGCCGCGGCAAUCGUUACUCGCGCAAACAUCGCAAAUUUCAUAUAUUGCAGCGACAAUUCUGGGACUUUUCGUUCCAUGAGAUUGGCGUCUAUGAUCUGCCGGCGGUCAUUGACUAUGUGCUGGAGCACAGCAAGGGCUACGAUCAGCUGCACUAUGUGGGCCACUCGCAGGGCACCACAGCGGCCUUUGUGCUGGGCGCCGAGCGACCAGCCUACAUGAAGAAGAUCAAGCUGCUGCAGGCGCUCGCCCCAGUUGCCUAUUUUAAAAAUGUGGAGCUUCCUCUACUUCGAGCGAUUGCUCCACAUGUUUCAGGCAUUAUGAGAUUCGCUCAAGCUCUAGGAAUCAAUGAAAUACCACCGGAAACAGAAGUGUGGCGUGAGCUGUCGUAUAAAUUAUGCAGCUUUGCAUUUCGAUCAACCUGUAUGGAGUUUAUAAUGCAGUUAUUUGGCACGGACUUGGAUCAGAUGAACAGCACACUCACUCCCAUCUUACUGGCCCAAUAUCCGGCUGGCAGUUCGAUCAAAUCAUUGGGGCACUAUGGUCAGCAGGUGCUGAGCGGAGGCUUGUACAAGUAUGACUACGAAGAUCCGAAUGUGAAUCGCCGCUAUUAUGGCAGCCCAAAGCCGCCGGCGUACAAGUUGGCCAAGAUCGAUUGCAAGGUCGCCUUGUAUUAUGGCCAAAAUGAUUUGCUCGUUGCGGUCAAAGAUGUGCAGCGGCUGCGCAAGCAGCUGCCAAAUGUCGUGCACGAUGAGAAAUUGGCCUACAAGAAAUUCAAUCAUCUCGAUUUCCUAGCUGCCAUCGAUGUGAAAGAGCUGCUCUACAAUAGCAUGUUUCAGGUCAUGGAAAAGGUCGACAGAGGAGAGCUGUAGUUAAGAACGGUUUAUAUAUAUGUAAUAUGUCAUAUGUAUUUAUAUAAAAGUUUCAUAUGACACUUAUCUGCCUCAGCCAGAAAUUGUUCUUAGAGCGAAUAAGUAUAGACAAAAAUGCAAUUUAUUUCCAACUCUUGCCAUACACAAUUAGGAAAAUUUUAA